AUGACAGGUCAGAGCAAGAUUGUUCAGAUGGAGCCUGGCACUUCAAAGCCGAAGAAAAGAGAGGCGGCAGCCGAGGAGGACUCGACAGGGUCUGCUUCGGUGAUCAAGAGGUCUUUGGUGAUCGAAGGGCUUUCGAUGGCUCGGAGAGCUUUGGUUGCUCCUUGCAGGCACGGGCUCUACAGGGUUCUGAUGCGUCGGAACUCCGUCUACGUCACCUUCGUCAUCGCCGGAGCUUUCGCCGGCGAGAGGGCAGUUGAUUAUGGAGUUCACAAGCUAUGGGAACACAACAAUGUUGGGAAGAGGUAUGAGGACAUUUCUGUGUUGGGCCAAAGGCAGUCAGAAUAAAUCGAAUGCGCUCUAUAUCAUGAUUUUUCUUGCCGAACUUUAUAGCACAUUUUGCUGGAACUUGUAUUUCCGUGUAAUAAUCAUUUGAACAGACGUUUUUGGUGCUGUCCUGUUGUCUGAAAUUUGUUCACAGUUUUGUUGAUUUAAGGGAUUGGUGAACUUGAAAAAUGAAAAUAAACAUUCAUGGUUUGAGACCGAUUGAUAUUUUAUUUGAAGAGCGC